ACGAGGCCUCUGCAGGCCUCUGGCUGCCUGGGUGACAGAACACGAUACCACAGGCAGCUCCCGUGGCCAAUAUGUAGAACUUGGCACGCUUGAACUGUGCUUUAGGUGGCCCUCACACCCUUCUGGCGCUGUGGGAUGGAAACUGCCCACAGAUAAGAAGAUGCACCCAGGUGCUCGUCAGACUUCGGUCAUGGCUCUUGAAGUAUACACCUGUCCUGUAACUCCAAAUGGCUGGGUCAGGUAGAGGAAGAGGACGUGCUGCAUUUACGUUCAACAUUGAGGCCAUUGGUUUUUCCAAAGGUGCAUCUCUGCCCGAUGUUGUGUGUAAGCCUCCCCCGCCAUUUCCUAGUACAGACAAUAAGCCAGUGCCUCUGAAAACAGGAGAAGACGAAGAUUACAUGUUGGCCUUAAAACAAGAUUUUAGAGGAACUAUGAAAAAAAUGCCAUAUUUUUUGGCAGUAGAAGAAGAACGUGAAGCAAUUGAAAGGUACAGUAAAAAGUACCUGAGUAGGGAAAAGGAGCAUGCAGCGUGGACCCCAGAUUGGAGAAGACUCCCUAGAGAGAUGAAGCCAAGAAAAAAGAUGAAAAAAGCAAGUGCGAAACCAAGAAGGGCAAACAGCUCUGACCCUAAAAGUAAUCUGGAUGUGCUGAAAAAAAUUGAGGAGUUGGAAAAGAAGGAUGAUGAAGAAGAGAAAUCUGAAGAUGAAAAAGACAAAACGAAAGACAAAGAAGGCGAAGACGAUGAUGAAGCAGAAGAACCAGAGGAAUACGAUGAAGAGGAGCACGAAGAGGAAAAUGACUACAUUUCUUCAUAUUUUGAAGAUGGAGAUGACUUUGGUGCUGGCAGCGAUGACAAUAUGGAUGAAGCAACAUAUUAGCUAUUGUUGCUAGGUGGUACUUUGUUCAAGCCUUAUACUACUUGAAAUAUAAACCUGGGGGUAAGCUGGGUAUCCCUGACAGAACUAAUGCAUUAUCUCUGUUGGGUUUAAGUAUACUCUCCAAAAACACACCAAACAAUUGUAUUUUAAUCGUACAAUGCUGUGAAAUGGGAUCCUGGAUCCCACGUUUUUUUCUUUUGCCAUGUUUUGCAGACUUGCACCUUUUUAAGGUUCUCUGGAAUGCCUACUGAUGGAGCAAUCUAUAUGCCAUUGUAUUGCCUCUGCACAGACAAGGAAUGUAUGCAUUUUAAUUGAAUUGUGCCUAAGCAUUUGCACUACUCAGUUCUAUGCUUUAGCUGUUAGAUCUUGAAAAUAAGUGAAAUUCUUGAUAACUGGAGCAAAGCAAAGAUAGGACCUUUAUGGGAAUAAGCUGCUCAUAUUUAGCAGCUGACGUCUUUGAAGGAAUUUAUGUAACUUCUGAAUUCAGGUGACAAAAUAAUUGACCACUAAGCACUUUAACAUAAACUGACUUGAAAGGACCUCAGUAAUAUGGACUAACAAGGUAACGAGAGUAUUUUGAAGAGCUGUUACGCUAGCCAGCAGAACUCUUACCUUUAGUAUUUUGAUGAAAAGAGACGGUAAUAUUUAACCGGGUUACAUUGCCUUUAUGCAUCAGUGAAAGUAAUAAUGAACGGUAAUUUCAUUCAGAAAGAAUUUAUGGCAAAAAUUAAGAUUGAGAAGUGUGAAUCAUAAUUUUCAUCUUUAUCAUACAGAUUGAAGUGACAAGAACUUUAGUCCUUUGCCUUGAUUUCUCUGCCUGUUAAGGCAAAACUAACUUUUCUACCUCACAGAUCUGUUCAGUGAGAUGGCAGCUAUCUAUGUAACUGCUAAAGCAUUUACUUGCUCUCCUACAAAAAAUGAGACAAGUUUUACAGACAGCAAAAACAAUAAAAAAGACAAAAAUGUAGGAAAGAAAAGUGGUGAAAUAUUUUGAUGCAUGAGGCUUUAAUUAGGAAAACAUGAGUGCUGAGAAUAGCAAAGCUAGAAUGCUUGGAAACACGUAUCUUAUUUUAGAGCCAACAGACAAAAUGUAGAUUUAUUCCUGAGAUUAGGAACCAGAGGAACACAACGACAGCCUAUUGAAAACGGCUCUGUGUCCCUUUGUCUUUUGAUGAUAGGAAAUACUAUUUAUCAGUGUUAUUGAUCAGGUUAUUACAUUCUGUUCCUGGUAACUGAGUGCUAAUGAUUAUCAGGGUUAAUGAAAGAACAGUUUAAGACAAAACCAGUUCUUUUAUCAGAAGAGCUUUCCUUGGAAGUUUGGCAUUUUGUCAAGCAGUGCUUUGUCUCACUGCUGGCUAGAAAAUAGUACAGCAUUAUUCUAUCAUUCUGUGCAAUAAGGUACAGCUAAGGCUUAGCUUUCAAGUGUUCUGAUAAGUUACGUAUCCGUUCUAAAGGAAAUGAAACUAAAAUGCAACACACGUCACACCUCAGAGGUCUACUUAAUUGUGUUUUGAAGCCUGUACAAAUAGUGUUUAAUAAACGUUCUGCUGUAUUGCACAGAA